GGUGUAUUAAGAUCCAAGAUGUCGGACCGUUGUUUUCAAGACCAAAUUACCAGACUCCCCUUCAGCCACCCUGGGAUGGUAGUCAUGGCAACAUAGAGGCUAAUCUCCAGUGGACAGAGAAAGAGAGAGGGAGAGAAUGAAAGAGUGAAGAGGCUGGUUUGUGCUUUAUCCCUCUCUCAUCCCCCUCUUCUUAAAUCCUUAUAAUUGCUCCUCCCCUACCCACUAUCUCUCCCAUCUCCCACACCCUCUUCCUUCCUCACUCCCUCUAUCUCCAUCUCUUCUCCCCUCUCCUUCCUCUCUCCCUCUCUCUCUAUUUCCAUCUAUUCUCCCCUCUCCUUCCUCUGGCAGGGCUCACACACACACACACAUAUGUUCUGGGUGAUUAGGCUGCCUGAGCUAUUGGCUUGAAGCCUGCUGAGGAAGGGAAGAGAGGGGGGUUGGUAGAGAGAGUGUAUGUACAGAUGUGCAGAUGUUGUGUCUCGUCUUGCCGCUAGGAGGCGGAGUGUGUGUGAGUGCGUUCUGACCUGAGCUGAGCAGCGCAGAGGGCUCAAGCAGUGAGGUGGAGCGGACAGCUCAUAGGCUGCUGUGGUGUAUGUGUGACAGGUUGAGAGACAGGCUGGGCAAGGCUGAAACGCUACCACAGUUCCGCAUAGAUGAGGAUUAAUUCACUGGCUUUUCACACACUCAUGUCUCAGCACACACACACACACGUCUCUUAGCUGGGAGAUGCUGCAUUACGUCAUAACAAGCCACUGUCUCCCUAGAUGACCGUGGUGAGUACAGCCAUGUAGAAGAUGCAGAGGGAGCGAGAGACUGGGAGAUGAAGAUUGGCUGGAGGAGGAGAGGAAUAGGAACGGAUUCAACCGCUGCCACUGGUCGCAAGGAGCGCCUGGUAGGAGAGGGGAUAGAGUGUUUCCUAGAGAGGAGGGCGAGGAGGAAGGGAGAGAAGGAGGAGGGAGAGGGGCAGCCGCCUUCGUGCGGUGACCGGCUCUGAUGGCUCCCCGGGAGAGUCAGAGACAGAAACACCGCGGCUGGGGAGGGACAGGAGGUAUUUUGGAAGUGACGUGGGUUCAGAGGAGGGUGUGUUUUGGUUUGGGACGAGAGGAAAGGGGAGGAACAUGGCAGCGCAGUCUGAUGGAGGGGGAGAAAUGGAGGAAGGAGUGGGGGAGGGGGUGUUUGAUGGAGACACAGAGGAAGACUGUCAGCCUCUGGACUCUGCAGCUAUCCACAUCUGUCUCUGCUGUCGCUCUGCUGUCUGCUACUGGGGCUGUCGCUCCAACUGUCUGGGAAACCUGCUGGGGAAAGACACUACUGGAAGGAUCGGGGGUACCGGAGUUGGAGGUGGUAGGAGUUUGAGGGAGACUCGCUGCCCACCAGAGGAGGGACUGUGGCUGGACUGUCUCUGGUUGAUCCUGGCUCUCCUCGUCUUCUUCUGGGAUGUGGGAACAGAUCUGCUUCUCGCUGCAGACUACUAUGACAGACAGGACUAUCUGUGGUUUGGCCUGACUCUCUUCCUGGUGCUGGUGCCGUCGAUUGUAGUUCAGAUACUGAGCUUCCGCUGGUUCAUCCAGGACUACAGCGGAGAGUGUCUGACCACCUGGCUGGGGACGGUGGAAUGCAGCAGGGGAGGAGAGAGAGAAAAGCUGACCAGGCAAGGGCCAACUGGCCACAGGGGGGUUUAUCCUGGAACAGACCGGGUCAGAGUGGCCUCAGUCUGGCUGUGGCAGAUCACCAUACACAUUCUACAACUGGGACAGGUCUGGAGGUAUAUCCGUACGUUAUACCUGGGUAUCCAGUCCCACCGUAUGAAGGAGCAUAAGGAGGCACAGAGGAGGUUCUACUGGGCCAUGAUGUUUGAGUACGCAGACGUCAACAUGCUGCGGCUACUGGAGACCUUCCUGGAGUCAGCUCCUCAACUAGUACUACAGCUCUGUAUUAUGAUACAGCAGAACCGGGCUGAGACUCUACAGUGUAUAUCUAGUCUAGGCUCUCUUCUGUCUCUAUCCUGGGUGUUGGCCUCGUACCACAAGCUCCUGCGCGACUCCAGAGACGACCAGCGCAGUCUGAGUUAUCGCGGUGCCCUCCUCCACCUUCUCUGGCGCCUCCUCACGAUCUCCUCCCGUGUUCUCUCUCUCGCCCUCUUCGCAUCCCUCUUCCACCUGUACUUUGGCAUCUUCGUGGUGCUCCACUGGUGUGGCAUGGCCCUGUGGGUGGUGCAUGGCGGAACAGACUUCUGUAUGUCUCGCUGGGAGGAGGUUUUGUUUAACAUGGUGGUGGGCAUCGUCUACAUCUUCUGUUGGUUCAACGUCAAGGAGGGACACACCAGGGGACGCAUGGUGGCUUACUACUCUGUGGUACUGGCUGAGAACACACUGCUUACUGGACUGUGGUAUGUGUAUCGUGACCAUGAAGAGACAGACAGCUACGCGGUUCCAGCAUUGUGUGGUGUCUACCUGUCCUUUACGGGUGGAGUACUGGUGAUGCUUCUGUACUACGGCCUUCUUCACCCCUCACACAGACACCCCACCCCGGCAUCGACCUGGUGUGAUGAGCUGCUGUGGGGUAACCCCUUGCCCCCUUCAGCUCCGCCCACCCCAGCCCACCUUGCUGCCCCGUUUCACAGUGAUGACAUCAUCGCAGAAGGCUGUCUGCCGGUGUUCCAGGUGCGUUUGGAGCCCCCCACCUCGAGGCGUUUCGAAGGUCCUCUGAUAAAGAUUGACAUGCCCAGGAAACGUUACCCAGCCUGGGACGCUCACUACGUGGACAGACGGCUGCGAAGGACCAUCAACCUACUACAGUACCUGACGCCUGCAGCCGCAGGCAUACGAUACAGGGACAGACCUCUGCUCUAUGAACUACUGCAGUACGAGUCUUCUUUCUGACACAUACACACAUAGACAAACACACAUAUUUACAAGUGCGCACAUGUAACCGAUGUGAAAUGGCUAGCUAUUUAGUGGUGCUCGCUAGUAGUGUUCAACCGGUGACCUCAUCCGCUCUGACCUAGAAGUAGUUGUUUCCCUUGCUAUGCAAGGACCACAGCUUUUGUGGAGUAACAGGUAACGAUGCUUUGUGGGUGAUGGUUGUCCAUCUGUUCAGAGGGUCCCUGGUUCGAGCUCAGGUUGGGGCAAGGAGAGGGACGGAAGCGACACUGAUACACACAAAUGUGACUCUUCUCUCUGUUUUUAUCUCUUCAUCUCUGUUUUGUAUUCCUCACUCUGCUGAGAAGACUGGAUGGUGACAGAAGACAGCAUAUCAUGUUAUUUUCACAUCUUCAUGAAUAAUACUAAAAGAUAAUAUGAAAUUAGAAAAAAUGUGAAUGUAAUAUAAACAGCGGCCUGAAAGCUGUCUCCUAGCUGGGAGUUUAUCUAUAGUUUGGUUAACUGGGAGUUUAUUCUCUUUAGUUUGGUUAACUGGGUGUGUGUUCUCUUUAGUUUGGUUAACUGGGUGUUUAUUCUCUAUAGUUUGGUUAACUGGGUGUGUAUUCUCUUUAGUUUGGUUAACUGGGUGUUUAUUCUCUUUAGUUUGGUUAACUGGGUGUGUAUUCUCUAUAGUUUGGUUAACUGGGUGUGUGAUCUCUUUAGUUUUUAACUGAAUGUGUAUAUAUUUAUAUGUACAGAGAUGUGUGUGUGUACUGUGUGUGUCGUGCCUGAUCUGUGAGUCAUAGUAAAUUAUGUUUGCUUGUUUGUUUGCUCAGGAAGGCACAACAUUACAGAACUUUAAGAUAGACAUGAAUUGUGUAGAACAGAUAAGAUUUUCUGUCAUGUAGAAUACGGAUAUGUGAUUCUCUUUCUGAUGAACUCAUCCCUGAGGUCGUCAUGGUGACAGAGACCUUUACCUGACUACGUCUGACCAUCCCUCCACCAAUGAACACUAAGCCUUCCACCGAUCAACUUUAUAUGGUGCAAAUAUAUAUGAAUAUACAGUACCAGUCAAAAGUUUGGACACACCUACUCAUUCCAGGGUUUUUCUUUAUUUUUUACUAUUUUCUACAUUGUAGAGUAAUGGUGAAGAAUGUCAGAACUAUGA